AUGGGGACAGCGUGCGGGUGCUUUGCUGGUUUGACGGGCGAGGCUCAGGCUCCAGACAGGCGGCGAACGGACCAGUCGCCAGCAGUGGGCUCUUCAAGCUCAGCUGGCAAGCAGACGCCACCAGUCGAGGACAAUCAGCCGACACACCCAACAACACCAACACCAGCGCCCGAUUCGCCCGACGAGAAAGGAUAUGACCUCCUGGAAGACGUAAGGACGUGGAAAUCGGGGUCGGGAGGUGUUAUCGACAUCUCACCUGAUGGCUCUUCACGUGUACUUUUGCAGCCGCCGGGCCAGAUCGACAAGGAAGCAAGUGCUCCAGCUGACGGUGCUGAGGUCGGCAUAGAUGUGGAAGUGCUAGAAAUCGUCGGACCUUCGCUCGAGACGCGCUUCUCUUGCCGUGGCUUACGCACCGCUUCGGGAAGUGGUGAUGUUCGGCUACCCGAGGAGUUGGAGUUAGCAAUCCCGCACCUCAAAAAGCCUGCCGGAACCUUCAUCGUUUUCUGCCGAUCUUUCUGUGAGUAUGGAGCUCUGCCAGAGACUGGCCUUUGGCAAGCUCUCGCUCCAUGCCGUGGAAAGGAGGUCAUCCUCAAGCUGCAGCUGGUUGAAGUUCAGGAUCUUUGUUUGGCCACGCUCGAAGGACAUGAGCGACUGGAGUACGCCAAAGGACGCAAAGAUGCGGGAUCCAAGUUUUUCAAGCGCGACAAGUUCGAGUCGGCCCUUGAGCGGUACAGCCUGGCUGCCGAGAUGCUUGGCCACCGCGAUGACAUCAAGGAUAAUGCGCUUUGGGCGCAAGCACAAGAUGUCCGGGUACUCUGUGAGCUGAACGCAGCGGCUUGUUUGUUGAAGCUCGAGAAAUGGCGGGAAGCGGAGGCGGUCUGCAACGCGAUCCUUCGCGCGAGCCCUGACAACGAGAAGGCACUUUUCCGACGAGCCAAAGCACUCCUGGCCUCGGGUGAUGCAGCAAGGGCAGAGGUUGAUCUGCGCCGAGUGCUGGAGGCCAACUCCGGCAAUGCAGAAGCAAAGCAGCUGCUGCAGAAGGCCCGCCAGCAAGGCAAAGGAACAGAGAAGGAGAGGAAAGUCUAUGCAAAGAUGCUGCAGUGA